AUGGCGCACGUCGUCGCACGCGUACAGGCAGUACAGACUCUGCUGCGAGAAGACGUCUACCUGAGCGAAUACGGCGCGCCGCAUCUGCCAUGUCCGCUGUCGUUCCAGUUUGUCCCGUCGGCUUUCGACCUCACCAAGGACGAGCUCGAAGCUUGCCUCAGCCUCGUCAACAAGACUUCGGGACACGACUACAAAGCAUCAAGCGUUGGCUGGAACCCGCGCAAGAAGCGAGAGGAAAUGCUCGAUGGCGAGAUGAUGUAUCUCCUGGUGCGUCGCCGCCCUAUCGACACGGCUGGCCAGAGUAGCAUGGAGACCAGUAGCGACGACGGCAUUCUUGGCUUCACCUCCUUCAUGUUCACAUACGACGAUCCCCCGCACCAAGACCGCCAGGUCCUCUACAUCUACGAGAUCCAUCUCGAGGAGCAGCUGCGCGGACAAGGCCUUGGACCCCGUCUUAUCAAAUUCAUCGAGAACGCGGCACACGCAUGCCAAAUCAAAAAGACGAUGCUUACCGUCUUCACCGCGAAUAAGCGCGCAAAGAGAAUGUAUGAGAGCCUGGGCUACGCCAAGGAUGAGUCUAGUCCAAAUGAUAGGGUUACGAGGAACAAGGUCAUCAAGGCCGAUUAUCACAUCAUGAGCAAAUCAAUCGAUUGA